GCGUCCCGCCGGACCCGCGCUCCGGAACUCCCCAUCUUCUCAGGCCGACCCGCGAUCACCGAGGCGGCCUCGCGCCCCCUCGUCCCUUCCCCGUCCCUCCCCUGCCCCUGUUCCCGCCCCGGGGGCCGCCUCCACCUGCCUCCCACGAUGGCUCUGAAGAGAAUCCACAAGGAAUUGAACGACCUGGCACGGGACCCCCCAGCACAGUGUUCAGCAGGUCCCGUUGGAGAUGAUAUGUUCCAUUGGCAAGCUACGAUAAUGGGGCCAAAUGACAGUCCCUAUCAGGGUGGAGUAUUUUUCUUGACAAUUCAUUUCCCAACAGAUUACCCCUUCAAACCACCUAAGGUUGCAUUUACAACAAGAAUUUAUCAUCCAAAUAUUAACAGUAAUGGCAGCAUUUGUCUUGAUAUUCUACGGUCACAGUGGUCUCCAGCACUAACUAUUUCAAAAGUACUUUUGUCCAUCUGUUCUCUGUUGUGUGAUCCCAAUCCAGAUGAUCCUUUAGUGCCUGAGAUUGCUCGGAUCUACAAAACAGAUAGAGAAAACUUUAGGUCUUCUGCUUGGCUUUUGACGUGUAAAGAUUUUGCAUCAAGAGCCCAUUUGUCUUAGGUACAACAGAAUAGCUCGGGAAUGGACUCAGAAGUAUGCGAUGUAAUUAAAGAAAUUAUUGGAUAACCUCUACAAAUAAAGAUAGGGGAACUCUGAAAGAGAAAGUCCUUUUGAUUUCCAUUUGACUGCUUUCUAUGAGCCCACGCCUCAUCUUCCCCUGUGCACAUGUUUACCUGAUACAGCAGUGCUGCGUGUUGUACAUACUUGGAACAACAAACUAGAAAUACUGUACUUCUGUACCAACAUUGCCUCCUAGCAGAGAAGUGUGUGUGUGACAAGCCAGUUCUCCAGGCAUAACCUAGGUGUGAGACUAAAAGCUUUCCUUAUUGACUUAAAUUUGAAUAACGGCAGAGUGAGGGGUGGUGGGUAUGGUGUGUGCUUGGAUGGGGAAGAAAAGCUCCACUGACCUGUAGGAGAUUGUUUUUUAAGUGAAUCCCAUUAAACUCAAAACAGUUAUGAAAAGCAAGGCGAAGAACAUGAAGCUGUUUCUGUAUUCAUUUUAUUCUGAAGGACUU